AUGUCAAAUCUUGAGCUCCAAGCAUCACCACAUCCCUCAACGGCCCGCAAAGCCCGCAAGAGGAAUGUUACAUCCCGUGAUCGCCUCGGAUGCGUCACUUGCCGUGAGAGGCACUUGAGGUGCGACAAGGCACAGCCGGAGUGUGACAAUUGUACCAAGGCAAAUCGAACCUGUGGGGGCUAUGCUAGAGGCAUCUCCUUCCGUGACCAGACAAUGAUGGUCAUUGAAAGAGUCCAAAAGCCUGAUUCAAGACGAAGCUAUCAAGAAGUCCCUGUCAACUGA